CCAGUGGCGUGUCUAGAAGGGGAUUCCGGAGAUCCAUAGAGUUCAAAGGAUUAUUGAAAAACUAAUAAUUAUUCUAAACAACUAUUCUUUCAAUAGAAUAUUAAUUAUGACUACAAUACAGUGAAGCAAAAACUACGCUCUAUCUUCCAGCGACUCAAUGCUUGGAUGCUGGAGAUGGACUCCAAUGGAAAUGCUACAGUGAAUUGUUCACACCUGGAGAUACCUACAUUAUCAACGCCUAUGAUGAGAACUACGUACUAAGUGUUUAAGACCGUCAACCAAUGGUUAGCUGACUCCUGGACUGGACCACUAAAUAGCUAGCUUCACAAGCGUAUUCAAGUCAAAUGUAUUCCUGAUGUUCAAGGACUAAUGUUAAUGAUUUUCCAACCAUUUUUUAUUUUCAUUUUUAAAAAAUCACACCUGUUAGCAGGAAGAGAACGUUUCGAGGCAUUGGUAAUAAAAUGGUUCAAUGGCUCCACUGGACAGUUUGUUUAUGCUUACUAAUCACUCUUCUCUUCAAAGUAUUUUCCGAGAACACAACUGGAAACAAAGCAGACGACAAGAAUUCUGAGAUGAUGGACGACGUUGUCAAACAUGUUCGGGACACUGUCGGCUACAACUAUUUAAUCAAACUGCACCAGACUCUCUCUGAACAGCUUCGGCUGUGUGAUGAAUUAGACGAUUACUCGUGUCGACGAUGGGCUUUACGAGCGUACUUGCCAGAUCUUGUUGAAAACAACACAGUGAUUUUUCGGAGAUCUAGAUUGAAAGAGGACACUCCAUUUUUCGUGGAUUCACAUGGAUUUACAUGUGUCAUCAGUCACGUGGAGUAUCUGCUGCCUGUCUUUGACAGAACUGAACUUUCACGUGCACAAAUCAACGUUUUUGGACGUAGAACAUGUGUCACCUGAAAAGUCAGGACCAAGUGGCGCCAGUAUCUUUAACCUUACCGGCGUUCAGUUCUUGAAAAAGAGCUCUAUUCGCAUCACUGUGCUAUCAUCUUGGCUUACGACACAUCUGCUUAGAAACUCUGUUCUUUUUACAUUCUGCAAUAUGAACGCCACGGUAAUUGAUACCAUUCUCGGUGUCACCGUGACAGACGACAAAAACGUGCACAUUCAUAAUAUGCAAGGAGACGAUCCAAAAACAGCAAUUUUAGGAGCAGACGACAAAACGUCUGACAAGCAAAAAAGGCAGAGCCGGAGCUCUGUCAAGCAGUUAUGUCCAAAGAAACAGACAUGCAACUCCAAGAGUACAUCAGGAAAAUGUCGCGGAAAGAGCACAUCAGUGACCUCUCCAGUACCAAAAGUUGACUUUCAUCCCCAACUUGAAGGAUGCAAACGGCAUAAGCUUGUCAUAUCCUUAACAACAUUUUUCCCGCCGGCUUUCCAAGUUCUUCAGCCUACGUUCUACGAUGUAGGUCAGUGCAAAGGAAUUUGUGCCCACGUGACAGACUAUUGCCGAUUGGAUGUUUUCAGAACAGGGCGCGCCUUUUUGUUAAACCGUAAUGUGAAUACCUCUUUGGUAAACCAUGUGUCGUGUUCCCCGCACAAGAUGGAGAGUGCCUCAUUUCUAAUCUACCAUACUAAAACAUUUAAGGCAAUUAUCAUUGCAAACACUCGUGUUAAGACGUGCAGGUGUGUAUAACAAAAUGUGGCCGCGUAGGUGUGUGCGUAUGUGUGUGCGUGCUCUGCUUGCUUGAAACAAACUUUUUGUUUUAUAGAAUUAUUUUAAUGUAUAAAUUGUGCAUUGUUAAAUGAUACUAGAAAUAAAUAUUUAUUACAACUAAACUGUAGCCUAUGAACACCUUUUUUUUUCUAAACCCGUAGGAGUGACGGUGAGAGGAUUAUUUCUUUUACUUCGUUAUUUAAACAAAUAUUUUGCACAAACACAUAAACGACCAGGGGCGCCUUGGGUGUCAAAAUCGGCCAGGGCAUUUCUAUACAAUAUUGCCCAUAAAUUGUAUGUCAUAUAAUGGGCAUCAUUAUAGACCUUCAUCAUUAUAAGUUUGAUAAUGUAUUAAAAACUGUACAUAUGCAUGCAGGG